CAAAAAAAAAAAAAAAAAAACGAAAAGGGGAAUGCUAGCAACCCCAGCUCCGGUUUCGCUAGCCAGCGCACUUCUUCCGGCCCAAGGGUGGAAAUCAUCUCGCAGCUUGCUAUGGAGGGGCAAACGGAGAACAUGUUCAGGGAAGGGCAAUUCCUCUUUAAUUAUUGCAAAAUUUGAGCUCAAGCCUCCUCCAUAUUCUCUUAGUGCUUUGGAGCCACACAUGAGCCGUGAGACGUUGGAAUACCAUUGGGGAAAGCACCAUAGAGGUUAUGUGGACAAUUUGAAUAGGCAAAUAGUGGGAACAGAGCUAGAUGGAAUGACAUUGGAGGAUAUUAUAACCAUUACAUACAACAAGGGUGAUCUCCUUCCAGCCUUCAAUAAUGCUGCACAGGUUUGGAACCACACCUCCUUCUGGGAAAGCAUGAAACCAGGUGGUGGAGGAGAGCCAUCUGGUGAUCUUCUAGAACUGAUUAAAAGAGAUUUCGGUUCUUUUGAACGUUUCGUUGAAGAGUUCAAAUUAGCUGCAUCCACGCAGUUUGGUUCUGGUUGGGCCUGGCUUGCGUACAAAGCAAAUAGACUUGAUGUGGGAAAUGCAGUAAAUCCUCGCCCAUCAGAAGAGGACAAAAAGCUGGUCGUGGUGAAGAGUCCUAAUGCCAUAAACCCCCUGCUUUGGGAUUGCUAUCCACUCCUAACUAUUGAUGUGUGGGAGCAUGCAUACUACCUUGACUUUCAGAAUCACCGGCCUGACUACAUAUCAAUCUUUAUGGAGAAGCUCGUAUCAUGGGAAGCAGUCAGUUCCAGACUUGAGAUGGCAAAGGCUCAGGUGGCUAAUAGAGAAAGAGAAGAAGAGAGGAGGAAAAGAGCGGAGGAAGAGGAACAAAUGCCAUACAGUGAAGCUGUGAAGAUGUACUUGGAGAGCGAUGGUGAUGGUGAUGACUCGGAGGCUGAAUGACCUGAAUCCCUUUUUUCAGGGGAAGUAACCUACAAACACCUUGGGUUUGGUUGGUAUUAUUUUUUCAGGGGAAAGCGACGGCACCAACAAGAUUUUGUCUCUGUAACAGGGUUCUGUAUUAUGGUUCUUCUAUUGUAAUUGAUUGCGAGAAGAGGAAAUGUGUUGAUCAGUUGUAUGUAGAAGAAUCUGACUUGGCUGUGGUUCUCUAGGAAAAUUUUUACUGGAGUUCAAGAAAUUUGGGGGGCAUCUGCUACAUGGAAUCUUAAAGAGAAGAAUCAAAAUUCUAGUAAGAGUGAGAUUUGGUUUUUACGA